CGUCGUCGUCGUUCGCUCUGCUCUCGUGUAAUUGUCAGCGCCGUCUGUCGCGGAGUCGUUGGCCGUGGGGGGCUAACCUGCCUUAUCCUCCUCGUCGUGCUUCAGUGGCAAUUGACAAUCCGGCGAAUUUAUUUGGUGAUACUGCGGGCUUCAAUGCGCAGGCACCUGUUGUGCCCAUUACGAAUGCAACUCCUCGGCCUCGGCAGCAGCUUACCUUGAGUUCGAAAGUUUCGAUGAAAUCAGGUUCCGCUUGAACAAGAUGUCGACUUCAGCAAUUUUUAUUUUGGACGUGAAGGGGAAAGUCCUGAUUUCCAGAAACUAUCGGGGAGACAUAGAGGCAGGUGUUAUAGAAAAGUUUAUGCCACUUGUCAUGGAGAGGGAGGAAGAGAGUAAUCUUACUCCGAUUAUUCAAACGGCCGAGUGUACUUAUGCUUACAUAAAAUAUAAUAAUUUAUACAUUGUAUCCACUACUAAAAAGAAUGCCAAUAUAUCGUUGGUAUUUGUAUUUCUGCAUAAAGUAGUUCAAGUUAUGCAGGAAUAUUUUAAGGAACUCGAGGAAGAGAGUAUUAGGGAUAAUUUUGUUGUAAUUUAUGAACUCCUUGAUGAAUUACUCGACUUUGGAUAUCCGCAGACGACCGAUAGUAAGAUAUUGCAGGAAUAUAUAACGCAAGAGGGACACAAAUUGGAAAUUCAGCCUAGAAUACCAAUGGCAGUGACAAAUGCAGUUUCUUGGAGAUCGGAGGGUAUAAAAUAUAGAAAGAACGAGGUGUUUUUAGAUGUAAUAGAGUCCGUCAAUUUAUUGGCAAACGCAAAUGGAAAUGUACUUAGCUCUGAAAUUGUUGGGGCCAUAAAAAUGAGAGUGUAUCUUUCUGGGAUGCCGGAGCUUCGUUUGGGUUUGAACGACAAGGUAUUGUUUGAGUCCACGGGUCGUGGGAAAUCAAAGUCCGUCGAAUUGGAAGAUGUAAAGUUUCAUCAGUGCGUGAGGCUCUCAAGAUUCGAAAACGAUCGAACUAUAUCGUUCAUUCCUCCCGAUGGGGAAUUUGAAUUGAUGUCUUAUCGUUUAAAUACGCACGUCAAACCAUUGAUUUGGAUCGAGUCGGUAAUAGAGAGACACGCGCACAGUAGAGUGGAAUAUAUGAUAAAAGCGCGUUCUCAAUUUAAAAGACGCUCCACCGCGAAUAACGUUGAAAUAGUCAUUCCGGUGCCAAAUGACGCGGAUUCGCCAAAAUUCAAAACUACCAUUGGAAGUGUUAAAUACUCUCCGGAACAAAGUGCAAUUACAUGGUCUAUCAAAUCUUUCCCCGGUGGUAAGGAGUAUCUUAUGAGGGCACAUUUUGGUCUACCCUCCGUCGUUGGCGAAGAUGUAGAAGGCAAACCGCCCAUUCAAGUCAAGUUUGAAAUACCCUACUUCACCACAUCCGGCAUUCAAGUGCGUUACUUAAAGAUCAUUGAGAAAAGUGGAUACCAGGCGUUACCGUGGGUCAGAUACAUCACCCAGAACGGCGAUUACCAAUUGAGGACAAAUUGAGUACUAAGUAUAAAGAUAAAUUUCACAGGAUUUGCUGUAUCUUCAAAUCUUAGAAAAGAUUUUUCCAGGUGUAAGAUAUUACACGUGAAUGUUUUCUUAAAUAACUAUCUAAAGCAGUGAUAAUGGUUUGGACAUAAACAAGUGAUAUUUUGUUUGUAAUUUAUAAAGAAUAUUGUAAAAUUGAAUUUUUGCGAGGUUAUUUUUAUCGGUAUUAUUAGAUUGAAUUAUUUUUAAAAAAAAUUGUACACAGUUUACUAACUUUCUAUUAUUGUUAAUGGUAAUAAGUAAACUAGCCUAAAGUCAAAGUGGCAAGUGGACCAAUCGACUAAUAGUUUUUCGUUUUGUAUAUAAUGAAUCGCAUUCCGUGAAUAAAAUAAACUCGAAAUAGAGCUUUGAUUAGAAGCCAUAUUCGUUAUAGUAUUAAUAUGGAAGAGAAGAUAAUUUUUGCGCUACGCUUAGCGAAUAAUCUUAUUACUAAUACAACUGGCGUAAAAUAUGUGAAUGUAUGAAAAAGAAAAUAAAUUUUAAAUUAAGAC